GUGCCCGUUUGCCAACACUGCCAAUAAAAUCAACAAAACGUCGAAAGCAAUUUUCAUCACUCCGAAAAAAAGUUGGUCCCAAAAUUUAAUAAUGUUUGCUAGCUAUAAUCUAAAAACAUGAAUAUCUGUCGCAUUUGUAUGGCAAGUGGUGCCGACGGAUUGGUGCCGAUCUUCUCUAAACUGGAGGAUGCCUUCAUCGCGAACAUUAUUGUGGAAUGUACGGCAGUGCAGAUUCUGGAGGACGAUGGCCUUCCGACAGCGAUCUGCGAGUUGUGCAUCGGUGACCUGAAGCGAUUGAUUGGUUUCAUUAAGAAAGCUCGUGAUUCGGAUCGGAAACUGAGGAAGAUCUUCUUGGAAACUAGUACAAAGACGAUUAAUCAACCGACCCUUGGUGAGAGAAGUUGGGAAUCGAAUGUGCAAACGCUGGCAGUUUUCGCAGACGAGAUUAAAGCGGAGCUGGAUUCUGAUGCUGACCAGACGGUAUUCAAGGAGUACGAGCCGAGCGAACGUGAGGAGGAUGGGAACGGUAGCGAGUGGAAAACGGACGAAUCAUCGGAUGCGAAACCAGUGAAAAAAAAAGGUCGAAAGAUCAGAAAGAAAAGGUACGAAGAAUCUGAGGACAGUAAUUAUGAUUCGGAACGAGAUUUCAAAAGGACGAGAAAAACUAAGAAACGUGGCAGAAAGUCCACAUACAAGAUAGAAGAUGACGAUGAGGAAUAUGAUAAAGAAGACAUUCUUGAUGAUAAAGAGUUAGCUACUUACACGAUAAUAACUGUUGAUAAAAACCAGCUGAUUUGUUGUGCUUGUCUUCAGGUGUUCGACAGCCAGGCCGAUUUACAAGCCCACGGUGAGAAGAAUCACGUGAAAAAACGGCGCGUGAAUACCUCGAAAACGAACAUCUGUGAAAUAUGCUUCCGGCGAUACUCAACAAUCUCGGCGUUGAAAACCCACUUGAAGCGGGUCGCAGAAGCUAGCAAAAUUUACGAUUGUAACAAAUGUACGGCCAGAUUUAUAGAUCAGACCCGACGUAGGCAGCAUGCCCAUCAUCACCCACGGGAUAAGGAAAUCGUCCCGUCGAAAGUGAUUGUGGCUCCCAUUCCGGUAGUAGUGCAUGAAGAGUACGGUCGAAUAUGCUGUGCCCAAGCGUGCUACCAAUCGUUUGAAACGGAAGAGCUUCUGAUUGCCCAUGCCCAUACUGCGCACAAGAUGAACAAGGUUGAACAAUCGCUGGACGAGAACCGGGACAAACCGAUAGAAUGUCCCGUUUGCUUCAAACGAUUCUACGAUGAGAUAUCCUUGCAAAGGCACCAACAGCGGAACUACAAACCUCUCAGCCAUCAAUGCUCGGUGUGUGGAUUGAAGGUACGCGGCGGGGAAGCGCUUGCCACCCACGAACGGUCGCAUCGAAACGAGAAGCCAUUCGAGUGCGAAGUUUGUCAUAAAAACUUCACAAGUAAGGGCAGCCUGAAGGCGCACAUGAUGGUGCACAGUGGCGAGAAGCCUUUUAUUUGUUCUACCUGCGGGUGGAGCUUCCGGCGGAAGCGUAACCUGCAGGUGCAUGUUUUGUCCCACACUAGCAAUCAACCGUUUCAGUGUGAGAUAUGUCAAAAGGCGUUUAAAUCCAAGGUUCAUCUACAGUACCACAUGCGGACUCAUACGGGAGAGAAGCCCUAUCCUUGCCGGUAUUGCGAAAAAGCCUUUGCAGAUCACACCAACAGACAGCGGCAUGAAAUGUCGCAUACUGGAAUUAAACCGUACAAAUGUUGCUACUGUGAUAAGACCUUCAUCCGGAAGCGAUUCCAGGUUGAUCACGAAAGCAGUCACACAGGUAUUAAGCCAUAUCGCUGCGAGAUGUGCAAUCGAACCUUCAGCCAGAAGACGGCUUUGCGACGACAUCUGCAGUCCCAUCCGUUGGCACCGGAAAAUGAAAUUGCCCUGGCUGCGCCCUCUCCCAUGCCCGCAAUGAGUUCUGUCUCGUUAAGUGCAGUGGAAGAAAAUAUGUCUGCCCCGGUGUCGCAGUCGACAACGCCAGGGAUUGCCAAUACCACCGGGGGUAGCUAUUUCCAACAUCCACAGAAUCUAAGCGUUAGUCUGCACCCUACCUUUCACUGUUUGCCAAUGGAAAACCUGUGCCGAAUAUGUGCCGGAAGCAGUCAAAAACAGUUCACGCUGGUGUGCAUCUUCUCCACCCUCAUCGAUUACGAUGAAGACGACGACGACGACCAAUUAGCCUCCUGCACCGGUGAAUCUGUAGCUCAAGCUAUGAUUUUUUGCUUGGGCGCCACUAUUGAACGGAACGAUGAUCUCCCCCAGCAAAUUUGCCGCGAGUGCUUGCGAAAACUGAAAGCCUCUUGGGCCCUUAGGAAAACGGCUAAAUCAAGUGAAACACAUCUGCGAAAGAUGCUGAAGGAUUCGGCGAUCAAACCCGUUAUCGAAGAGCAGAGUUAUUUCGAAGAAGAAAAGGAACUAGAAUUUGUACUGGGAAUGGACGAUGGUUAUGCGAAUGAAGAAAUUUUAGAGGAAAUUGUCUUAACGGAAGCAAAAGAGAUACCGGCUAACCAGGAGGAUCCUUUACAUUCGGAGUUUGGAUGGUACUCCUCAGAUUUACCGCAGGGACACUACAAAAUUCGCAAAGGGGAAGAUGCUGGAUGGAAUUUAAUCGAAAUGAGCGGAAUUCGUUGCUGUGCUUGCUUUCGAGUUUUUCCGGCCAAAAUAUUGCUAGAGGAGCAUUGUAAGCAACAGCAUCAGGAGGAACCCGUGGAUGACAACCAAACUGAAAGCUACAAGUGCAGUGCAUGCCACAAGUUGUUUCCCUGUACAGACAGCUUGAAUUUUCAUCAGAAAAUAGCACGUUCUCGUCAGUUAUUCCAUUGCACGCGGUGCCAGUUGCUGUUGCCAAGCAAACGGCAGCUAAAGGCCCAUGUGAAGGUACACGCUAGACCAGAACCGGAAACAGCGGCAGCGGUGACGAUGGAAGAAAAAAAUGAAGAGACAAAAGGAUCGAAAAAACAUCAACCCCCGCCCGCUGACAAAUGUCGAUCGAUCAGAAAUUUUAUAACGUUCGACUAUUUGACUUUUGAUGGCUUUUGUUGCUGUGAGUGUUGGUUUUAUUGCGACACAAAGCGUGAGAUGAAACGACAUGGUGAAAAGGAACAUUUCAAUAACAGUGGAUUCGAAGAGAAAAUGGUUUGCUUCGCCUGUUUAAGAUCUUUUACAAGCAAGGAUGCUUUUGACUCACACAUGACAGAUUUGAACAGCAAGCAUGUCUACUGGUGUAAACCAUGUCAGCUGUUGUUUCGUUCAUCAGACCAACUGCAAAAGCAUCAGUUGACCAGUGAGGAACACGAAGGUUUCAUUGAACUAGAAAUGCUGGACAUCAAAGAGGAGGUUGAAUUUGAAGCAGACAUUACUCCGUUUUCAUUACGCACUGGAUCAGCCGGAGCGAACUACGAAUCUCCACUAGCAGAAGGCAGAGUGAAAAAUUUACACAAGACUGACAAAUUGUAUGCGCCACAAAUCAAGCGAAACGAUCCUGAUUUGGCGGAAAUUACCGUGGUGAAUGUUUUUAACCACGAUAUGGUCCGCUGCUGUGGUUGCUAUCAAACUUUUUCCACCGAAGCAGAUCUAGGGAAGCAUUGCAGUCAACAGCAUAGGCAGUAUCAGCUGCGUGAUGAUAAGGACCGACCAUAUGAGUGCGAACGAUGUUACCGGCGAUUUGGUAAGGCCGUUUCGCUUCAAAUUCAUCAACAUUUCGUGAAGACUGUUUUCAUGUACGCUUGCAAGUUGUGCAAUGAACAAUUUACCUUUCACACUCUAUUCCUGUUGCAUUUUAUUCAACACGAAAACGAAUCCUGGAGGUAUAAGGAAGACAAACGUGGUGCCAAAGCGAAGGUGACUAAGGAGGACACCAAAUUUUACUGCUGCUUUAAUUUCUGCACCCAGUCGUUUGACGAGUACAGCGAGUUGCUCGGUCACGUAGACGACAACCACGGGGUCAAGCGAAACCAGUUCAAACACUACAGAGACAGUGAUGAGAAUUGUUGCGAAAUUUGCUUCCGAAGUUUCGGCAACUAUCGUGCCCUGCUACGACAUGUAUCGCAACGGAAAAAAGGGCGGCCUGCCCAUCGACACACGUGCAGCAGCUGUGGGAUGCAGUUUAAGUCGCUAGCCUUACUCAAGGACCACGAGAACAAACACCUGGGUAUCAAACCGUACGAAUGUGAACUGUGCAGCAAAACGUUCGGAUCGAAAUCGAUCCUCAAGAACCACAUGACCGUGCACCAGGACAGCCGGCCGUUCAGCUGCGAGUUUUGCGGCAAAACGUUCGCCCGUAAGCGGAACUACAAAGAUCACUCGAUGACCCACACGGAUGAGAAACCGUGGGAAUGUGAUAUCUGUAAGUUAACCUUCCGGAUUGAGUCACAAUUUCUGACGCACAAGCGACGUCAUACCGGUGUUCGGCCAUACAAGUGCAGCUUUUGCGAGAAGGUUUUUUCGCAUGCUACCGACCGGAAGCGCCACGAGAUGGCGGCACACACUGGGGAAAAGCCGCAUCACUGCAGUUUCUGCCCGCUCGCAUUCAUCCGUCGACGGCAGCUGGUGAUUCACGAGCGAACGCAUACCGGCGAGAAACCGUUCGAGUGUCAACACUGUGGGCAAGCGUUUAUCCAGCAGAGCUAUCUAACGCGUCAUCUUGCCACGCACAAGUAAGUGGGAGGAUUUUCGAUGAAUGUUAUGGUCAACGGAAAAUCGCCUGGCGAUAAUUAGAUGACUGAUAGUUGUGGUAAGUAAG